UCGCUUAAAGUUGUAGAAAUCGCGCAUUUCAGAAUAGCAAAGUUAAUAAAAGAGUUCACAAAAGGGAUACGUUACUCCUUAUUAGUAUCUGCACAUACAAGAUGGUCAAACUUCCACUUAUAUUGGGCGCCAUUGUCCUGCUGAUGGCGCACGAGAAAUACGCCCAGUCCCUAUCGAAGGGAGUCCAGGACUUUUCCCUAGACCUCUUUCACCGAAUAGCCAUCGGUUCAAACGAAAACUUAAUGAUAUCGCCCUACUCUGUGUGGUCACUCUUUGUGCUUCUCUACGAGGGAGCGUCAGGAGGAACCUAUGACCAGCUGCGUCAGACCCUACGGAUCAAUGUAGAUGAUAAAACCUUACGCGAGUUUUCCAGGGAACGGAGCCAGUUCCUCGACGUCAUGUCUUCCGGAAUCGAGAUCCAUACCCUUCGUGGCAUUUACGUCGCCAACAAGUUUUCGAUCAAUCCGACCUACAAAAUUGUCCUGCGGCAGUACAGCAUUCAGCCCGUUGAAGUGGACUUUAAAAAUCUUGGUACGGUGCGACGCAUUAAUGAGGAAAUUACUAAGGCCACCCGAGGCCUGAUCAAAAACACUGUGCAACAAAAAGAUUUGAGCAACGCCAUAUUGUUCCUGAUCUCCUCCAUUUACUUCAAGGGUCAGUGGAAGUUCCCCUUUGACAAACAAAUGACUACGGGUCUUCCGUUUUUCGACGAGAACGGACAGUUUAUCGCAGAGGUACCCACUAUGAUACAGGAAUCAAAUUUCCCCAAAGUCCGCCCAGCGAACCUGGGCGGUACUGUUUUAGAGUUGCCCUACGGCUCCCUCGAGUGGAUAUCGAUGAUCGUGGUGCUGCCUGACAGUAAGGUUCCAUUGAACACCGUGGCAGGUAAUCUCAAGACUGUGGGAUUGGAUCCCAUUCUUAAAAGCUUAGCUGAUUUCAAAGCCAAAAACGGCGAUGCGAAGACAGAGAUCGCGAUGCCCAAGUUUGAAACGACUACGGACCUUUCGCUUAAUGAAAUCCUUAGCCAGAUGGGCAUCCGGGAUUUGUUCAACCGGAACUCCGCCAACCUGGAUCGCAUAGCACCGGGACUAUACGCCUCGCUGUGCAAACACUCAAGCAAGAUCAUUGUCGACGAAGAGGGAACCACGGCUGCAGCGGCCGUCACUGUCUCGUUAAGCGGAAGGGGUUUAUUUAACCGAAUCGACCUGAACAGACCCUUCUUGUACAUGAUCGUGGAUAAGCAAACCGGCCUGCUGCUUUUCGCCGGGCAAGUUCGGAAUCCUAAGGCAAUCUAGCGAUUCGUGUAAACCAUUAUAAAUAUAUGAUACAUAACAAAUA